AAGAAGCUCUGGUGCCUAUUCCACCUGCCGAUGCCAUACGCAUACUCGGGGUGACGGAGUUUCAGGUCCCACAGCUAUAUUCGUGACUGAAUAACUACUAUGAAUAAAAGGCCGACACAUCGAAGGGUCCUCUAAUAUCACACCGCCAUGUCUUCAUAUGUCGAUCUCGGUAUUCCAUUUUCUCAGUCAAUCGUGACUGUCAAAGCCAUGAACGUUGGUGCUCCUUCAACGAUCCUCCCUGCAGCCCAUUUCCUCGAGCCAGUUCUUCCGGGUUACGAAACAAUGACGGCGCCUAUCUACGCUUGCUUUAUUGAGCAUAAGGCUACGGGGAAACGUCUCAUGUUCGAUUUGGGAUUGCGCAAAGACCAGGAGAGUUUCCCCCCUGCGAUUCAGCAAUUGCUGACGUUGUGGAAAACUCACGGCUUUGGGAUGUCUGUUGAUAUGGACGUUUUCCAGAAACUUCAGGAGGGCGGGAUCGACCCAGCGACUAUCAAUACAGUCAUUUGGAGCCAUAGUCAUCUGGAUCACACUGGCGACAUGUCGAAGUUUCCGAGCACCACGGAACUUGUCAUUGGUCCUGGCCUGGAUACUCAUACUUUCCCUACCACUCCAGAGUCUCCCCUCCUCGAGACGGAUUUUGCAGGCCGCAAAGUGACACAACUCGCGGUUAAAGAUUUCGCGCUUACUAUCGGGGAAUACGAAGCCUUCGAUUACUUCUCCGAUGGCAGUUUGUACAUUCUCAAUUCUCCGGGGCAUCAACCCGGACACAUUGCUGCCCUCGCCCGAGUCACUCCGACGUCAUUCGUGCUACUAGGUGGUGAUUCUUGCCACCAUCCCGGCCAGCUCCGCCCUACAGCUUACCUCCAUAAGGACUUCCUCUGCCCUGGGCGUAUUCUCGAGUCCCUAGGAGACGCUUCUGUCUCCUCGCGUACCACUCCUCUCCUCUCUGUUCCGUCUGGAAAAUCGGCCUAUGCUGAUCCGGAGACUGCCAGUGAAACAAUCACCAAACUAGGCAAGCUUGACGCGAGCCCAGAUAUUCUGGUUUUGAUUGCGCAUGACUGUACGGCACCCGGCGUCAUUGAUGAGUUCCCUGAAAGCAUGAAUGAUUGGAAGGAGAAGGGGUGGAAGGAGAAGUUGAUGUGGGCAUUUUUAGAGAAGGAAAGCCCGGCCUAUAGGUUUGGAAAGAACUGAGGUUUUUUUUGUGUAAUGAGUAGAGGUCGGAGUAUUAUUUAUCCUUAGCUUCUUGCAGUCUAACGCAUCACCCAACUUAAUCUUCUUGAUGAUCUUAUGAUUGUUUGCGUCCGCUAUCGAUACCCU